AUGGCUGCCCGUUCCAACCUCCCCUGGGGCCUCAACCGCGGCCACCCGACCACGGUCAUCGCAAAGGUCCCCAAGCCCUCGAACCGCAAGGGAAAGCAGUCGGCCCGCUCGGCGUUCGUCAAGUCGGUCGUCCGUGAGGUCGCUGGCUUCGCUCCCUACGAGAGGCGUGUUAUGGAGUUGAUCCGCAACUCCAAGGACAAGAAGGCUCGCAAGCUCACCAAGAAGCGCCUCGGCACUCUCCGCCGUGCCAAGCGCAAGGUCGACGAGCUCACCGGUGUCAUCGCCGAGCAGCGCCGCCACGCCGCCUAA